AUGUGUCAAGGACAUCAACAGAGUAAAGAGUUUGUUAGUCUUAUCAGUGCUUCCGAUGGAGAGCAGAGAACAUGCUGUACGUCCCGUUAUCAUGAAGAGCUCAGAUGUACCAUGUUAACACUGAGCUGCAACUUUGGAUAUACCUUCAAGGACAUUUCACAGAGGUUCACAGUCCUGGAUUCAACCAUGACCAUGUACACUUUUACCUUCCUGUGUGCCUUCGGCCUCUUUGCUGCUCUUCAGGUGCCUUGCACCUUGGCAGAGGAUGCAGACCCUAUGUCAAAGGACACCGUCCUGGCCUCUUCCUCGGAUGCGAGUGAGAUCGUGGACAAGCAUAACGAGCUGAGAAGAAGUGUUCAGCCUACUGCAAGCAACAUGCUAAAAAUGUCCUGGAACAAUGAGGCUCAAGCCAAUGCUCAGAGAUGGGCCAACACCUGCUCCAUGAACCAUAGCCCUGCUAGCUCCAGAAAGAUCAGCACUAGUGGCUGUGGAGAGAACCUGUACAUGUCCAGCUGGCAGAACACUUGGAGUAACGCCAUCCAGUCCUGGUAUGAUGAGGUGAACGACUUCCGUUACGGAGUGGGAUCUGUGAACGGAGGAGUUAUCGGACACUACACACAGUUGGCUUGGUACAGGUCUAACCAGAUUGGCUGUGCCAUGGCCUACUGCCCCAACUCCCAGUACAAGUACUUCUAUGUCUGCCACUACUGCCCACCUGGUAAUGUAGGCCAAACGUCUCGACCCUACAAGGCAGGACCCUCAUGUGGUGACUGCCCCAACGCCUGUGACAACAAACUGUGCACCAACCCCUGUCCCUACACCGAUCAGUACAGUAACUGUCCAGAGCUGAAGCAGCAGUGGGGCUGCAGCCACGGUGAUGUGGCCUCUUGGUGUCCCGCCUCCUGCAAGUGCAGUUCUCAGAUUAUCUAA